AUGGCUGCCGAGGGAACCCUGAAUCAAACCAAGAUUUGCCUUACACUGCCCCCUAAGAUUCAAUCGAGUGGCUUGUGGAAGGGACUUGCAUUGGGAGGAAAACUAGACUGGUUCAGUUUUGGACUGCCAAGACUUGAACUAUUCAUUGCCAUAAUCUUUGUCAUCACUCAUUUCUCUCAUUCCAUCCUCAAGCGAUCAGGCCUUCCAAUGUUCAUCUCUCAGCUUAUUACUGGCCUGCUGCUUUCUCCAGCAGUAAUAGGAAAGACCACAGCCGACAAGAUGUUUACAGAAGAAGUUGUGCAAGUUCUUACCACCCUGGGGUCAUUUGGUUAUGCUUUCUUUUUCUUCCUGAUCGGAGUGAAAACGAAUCCAGGCAUGGUAACCAAAGUGGCCAAAAGAGCUUUUUUCAUAGGCCUUCUUGCUGUGACAAUACCUCUGCUUUCUGCAAUUAUGAUCCCGCAUUUAUUCACAUUGAAGGAUCAGGAUAAGAUCGAACUUCUGUUUCUUUCACCACCUUAUGCUAUGACUGCAUUUCCUGUCAUCUAUUGUCUUCUCAGCGAACUGAAGAUCCUGAAUUCGGAACUCGGAAGAAUAGCUCUAUCUUCUGCAAUUGUUAGUGACCUUUUGGGCCUGUUUUUCGCUGUCUCUACAACACUUUUGAGAGUCGCAUUGCAAAAGGAUAUUCGCACAGCUAUGUAUGAUCUCGUAUAUGUUAUUGCCUUCAUUAGUUUUCUUUUUCUGGUGCUCCGGCCUGGAAUUAAAUACGUGAUUACAUACAUUCCUGAAGGCCAGCCUGUGAACCAAAUCUUCAUCUCGAUCAUCCUGUUAUGUUUUCUAAUGUGCUUAUCUCUCACCAGAUGGUUUGGUGAUUUUUUCUUGUUGGGGGUUUAUGUUUUUGGUUUAGCAAUCCCAGAUGGACCACCAUUGGGGUCUGAUUUGGUGGAUAAGACCGAAACCAUGGUGAAGAAUUUACUUUUGCCAAUUUUUGUUACAACAUGCGGCAUGAGGAUUGAGACUUUGUUAAUCCGAUUUGAUGAUCAUUUCACAAGUCUUAAUGCAUUGACCGCUGCUGUAGCUUUGUUAGUUAAAUUUCUAGUCUGCUUGCUUCCACCACUGUAUUGCAAAAUGCCUAAUUAUGAUGCGGUUGCUCUCGCUCUCAUUAUGAGCUGCAAAGGCUUUGUCGAGAUGGCAAUCUUCAGCUUCCUGUUCGACAGCAAGAUUAUAGACGAACAAACAUACUGUUUCAUGUUUUACAUUGUCAUUUAUACGGCGAGCGUUGUGCCGGCUAUGGUGAAGUUGCUCUAUGACCCUUCGAGAAAAUACGCAGGCUACCAGAACAGGAGCAUCAUGGCUGCCAAGCCCAACACAGAGCUAGAAAUAGUAGCUUGCAUUCAUGUACCAGACAAUGUAAGUGCAGUGAUCAACUUAUUGGACGUUGCAUUUCCAUCUCAGGACAAUCUUAUGUCUGUAAAUGUGCUUCAUCUUGUCAAGCUCAGUGGGCAGGCAUCUCCUAUCUUCAUUUCCCACCAAAAGAAGAAGAAAGAUCUCGCCAACCACUCUUACUCCGAAAAUGUCAUCAUUUCCUUCACCAAGUUUCAGGGAAUCUACUGGGGAGCUUUAUCCGUCAAUACUUUCACAGCAGUCUCUCCACCGAAUCUGAUGCACGAUGAUAUAUGUACUCUCGCAUUGGACAAAUUGGCAUCUCUUAUAAUCCUCCCGUUUCAUCGAAGAUGGUACAUCGACGGAUCUAUUGAAUCAGAAGAUGAAAUUAUAAGGACCUUAAAUUCCAGGGUCCUGGAAAAGUCUCCUUGUUCCGUUGGAAUUCUGAUAGACCGAGGCAACAUCAGACGGCCUGUGGUGGAUCCAUUAUCCGAGCCUGAAUACAACGUCGGAGUUAUAUUCCUGGGCGGUCCGGACGACCGAGAGGUCUUAUCUUUCGCCAAAAGGAUUGCACCAAACACCAGAGUCAACCUCUCCGUGCUGCAUUUUACAGCUGAAAAGAGCGAUGAUUGUGAUUCCGAGGAAUGGGAAAAAACAAUUGAUAAUGUAUCACUUAGAGAUAUAAAAACCAAUGGGUACAUCAACUAUAUGCAAUAUGCGGUAAAAGACGGACCUGAAACAACAAUGAUAAUUCGUUCUGUAAUUAGCGAAUAUAACCUGAUGAUAGUCGGAAGAAGAGAGAAUUUGGAUUCAAAACAAACGUCGGGGCUGAAAGAAUGGACCGAAUUUCCGGAACUUGGGGUCCUAGGAGACCUGCUUGUGUCAAUGGACGUGGGCAGAUGCUCAGUCCUCGUUGUGCAGCAACAACAGACAAGCUAG